AUGGACAGAAGGUUCAUCUCCAAAUAUAUGUCCCGUCUCGAUGAACAUUUGCACUACCGUAUUGUCGACGUUUCUACUGUCAAAGAGCUAGCUUCCAGAUGGUUUCCUGAUGAGUACGCCAAAGCACCGUUGAAGAAAGGUACUCACAGAGCUUUAGACGAUAUCCGUGAGAGCAUUGAAGAACUGCGCUACUAUCGCUCUGCAAUUUUUCGACAGUGA